AUGGAAGAGGGGAACCGCAGCACUGUGACCGAGUUUGUACUCCUGGGACUGACCAAGUCCUCGGAGCUCCAGCUCCUCCUAUUUGUCAUCUUCCUGGCUGUGUAUGGCGCGACGGUGCUGGGCAACCUCCUCAUCGUGGUGCUGGUGGCUUGUGAGCCACAGCUCCACACCCCCAUGUAUAUGCUGCUGGGGAACCUCUCCUUUCUGGAUUUCUGCUACUCCUCUGUCACUGCUCCCAAUUUGCUAGCAGGCUUCCUCCUUCAGGCUCAGACCAUCUCCUACAGGGGCUGCGUGGCCCAGAUCUUCUUCUUCCACUUCAUCGGGGGCAUCAAGAUCUUCCUGCUCACCAUCAUGGCCUACGAUCGCUAUGUGGCCAUAUUCCACCCGCUGCGCUACGUGGCCAUCAUGAACCAGGCUGUGUGUGUGGGGCUGGUGGGGGCCUCUUGGGUAGGCGGCUUCAUCCACUCCAUCAUCCAGGUCUCCAUCAUUGUCCAGCUGCCCUUCUGCAGCCCCCACGAGCUGGACAACUUCUACUGUGACGUGCCCCAGGUAGUCAAGCUGGCCUGUGUUGACACCUUUGCUGUGGAGCUACUGAUGGUGUCCAACAGUGGCCUGAUGACUCUCCUGGGCUUCCUGGUGCUGCUUGUAUCCUACUCUGUCCUCCUGGCCAAGCUGAGCACACGCUCCAGUGAAGGGCGUGCCAAGGCCCUCUCCACCUGCGCCUCCCACCUCACCGUGGUGACCCUGAUCUUUGGGCCUUGCAUAUACAUCUAUGCCCGGCCCUUCCGCUCUUCCCUGGACAAGGCCAUCUCUGUUCUCUACACGGUUGUCACCCCAGUGCUGAACCCCAUCAUCUACACCCUGAGGAACAAGGAUGUGCAGCUGGCCGUGAGGAAGCUCAGGAAGUUACAUUUGUGA